AUGGAACUUUAAAAGGAGAGAUUAGCUACUUUUCCUAUAACACAUUAAUUAUUAAUAAAAGGACAUACUAAAUAAGCAACAGCAAUUGGCAUAGAUAAUGCUGGUUCAAGAUUAGUUACAGGAGCAUAUGAUUGUGUAGUUAGAUUUUGGGACUUUUAUGGUAUGGAUAAGAAUACACAUAGCUUUAGAUUGGUUACACCAUAUGAAGGGAAUUAAGUUAAUUAGAUAAGUUGGGCAAAGGAUGGAAAAAAUGUAUUGAUAAUUUGUGCUGAUGCAUAAGCAUGUGUAUUAGAUAGAGAAGGAAAGAGAACUAUGGAUACUCAUAGAGGAGAUAUGUAUAUUCGAGACAUUUUAAAAACUAUUGGACAUACAGCAGCCAUAAAUUCUGGUUGUUUUCAUCCAGAUUUUAGUGAUGUCUUUGUUACUUGUAGUGAUGAUGGAACAGUAAGGAUUUGGGAUAUGACUAAAAAACUUUAUGGAGUUGCAUAAUGUUUAACUCAUAAAGAUGCUGUUAAAUGUGUUGAUAAAACAGGUCAUAAAGUAUUAGUACAAUGUGUAACAAUAAGAGGAAGACUUUUGUUAUGUGCUUGUAGUGAUAAUACUAUAAAAGCUUAUGAAGUCAAUUAAAAUUGUAGAGAAAUUAAAAAAAGACCAUUAUUUAUUAUACAAGAUGCUCAUAAAGGAUUUGUUACUAAAAUUAAAAUUUUAGCUGAUUAAAAACGAUUUAUUACAUAGAGUGUUGAUAAUACUAUAAAACUUUGGGAAACUACAAAUACUAAUCAUCAUAUUUAUCUAUAAUAUUGUAAUAUUAAUAGAUUUCCACCAACAAGAUUUGAUUUAAAUUUUAAUGAAAGUAUACUUGUAACAGCUCAUCACACUUUUAAAGAUGGAUAUCAUAUAGUAGGACCAACUGAAUUAUUAUUCUUAAAUGUUAAUGAUUUAAGUAUUAAUUGUAGAGUUUAGUUAUUUGAUUAAGCUAUUACAGAAGUUUUAUGGCAUCCAACAUUAAAUUAAAUAUUUUUAGGAAGUGAUGAUGGUCAUGUUAGAGCAUUGUUUAAUCCUAAAUUAAGUUAAAAAGGAGCUUUAUUAGCAACAAAUAGAGCAGUAAAAUUUGUUCAUGCUGAAAAUAUGGAACUUGAAAGACAUGUUUUAAUUCCUGAAAAUUUAUAUAUUUUUAAAGUAAGUGAAACAGUUCAUGGAGGAAUGAAAAUUGUUGAAGAAAAGAAGAGUGUUAAAGAUUAACCAAGAAAGCCUGAACCUCCAUAAAAAGGUCCAGGAAAAGGAGGAAAAAGAUCAGGACCAGCUACAUUAACAUAAAAUUUGAUGAGCACAUUAAAUGAUAGACCAGAAAAAGAAGAUGUUGUUGAAGAAUUAACAAAAUUGGAUGCUAUUACCAAAGCAAAUCCUCAAUAUGUCGCAUAGGCUUAUAAAUAUACAUAACCUGAUUAAAUAUUCGACUACUCUACAAAUUAAUAAUAAGAACACACCUUCUUAUCCUCAAUCAAAAAAAUAUGUCCUCAUUGUGGUAUGAAGAUUUGUGCUUGUAAAAGAAAAGUAGUUUGA